GCACAAUAUCGUUGUAUUUUUUGUCAAAACCAUCUUGAAGCUUAUGAUGCAAUUACUAAAAAUAAUCCAACCCCUUCUGAACUUACUAUAUAUGAUACAAUUAAUUUUUCAGCUCAAGCGUGGGAAAAUGUUACUGCAAAUACGAUUAUUCACAGUUGGAGUAGAGCCAAUAUACUUCCAACUACAGAAAAUUUUGAUGAUAAUUUUAUCUUCACACCUGAAGAAACUGAAUUGGAAAUAGAAAUUAUAAAUCUUAUUAAACAUUUACCGAUUAGUGAUCUUUUAGAUGUUCAAGAAUAUAUUAACAUAGAUAAUUAUGUAGAUAUUGAGGAAAGCUUAACUGUAAAUGAUAUUGUUGAUAUAGUAAAUAGACAAGGUGAAAGCGAAUCUGAAAAAGAAGAACAAGAUAAAGAAAUUGUUAAAAUUGGUGAUGCGAUUGUAGGGCUUGAUAACUUGAUAAUGUAUAUUCAGCAAAAUAAUUUAGAAAUUACUUCAUCUUUGAUGAAAGAACUAUAUAGUUUUAAAAG